AUGGACUGUAAAGGUCUAAUGACUGUUACUUUAUUAGAGAAAGAGAUUAAACGCUGGGAGAGAGCCGACCGAAGAGAUGAGUUCAGUAUAGACAUUAUUCUUUACCGCAUCAUAAACGUUACUCAUCAAAUUCCUUACGAAAUAACACUAACUGACAACAAAGAUGAUUAUUGGCAUUUGAUUCCUCGAAGGGGUCAUGGCGCUAUGUAUGGUGGUAUUCAUUCUCUUCAAAAAAGUGGCUAUUGGAAAGUUCUUUAUAUAGGUUGGACUGGCCAUAUUAUGAAACAACAACAACAACAACAACAGCAGCAGCAGCAGCAGCAGCAAAUACAACAACAUAAUAACAACAAUAACUCAUCAAUGACACUGGAACAUGUUGAUUAUAAUCAAUUAGGAAAAACUGAGAAGGAGGAAUUAGAGCAUAAAUUAAAGGAAUUGGAUUGCUUACCUUUAUUUGUAGAUAGUGAAAGUGUAUCUGGACAUUAUGAUGGCUAUUGCAAAACAAUGUUGUGGCCUUUAUUUCAUUACAUGAUUUGGAGCGAUGCUACAGAUGCUUAUGUAGCAGUUAAUCAACUAUAUGCGGAUUUUGUAUGUGAUAUAUACCGACCUGAAGAAAAUAAUGACAUUAUUUGGGUACAUGAUUAUCAUUUACUACUUACACCUUCAAUGAUUAGACAAAGAUACCCAAAAGCAAGGAUUGGCUUAUUUGUGCAUUCACCUUUUCCUACCUCAGAAAUUUUCAGAUGUUUACCAAGAAUUUUACAAGGAAUGAUUGGAGCAAAUUUGAUAGGAUUUCAGACUUAUGCUUAUGCUCGCCAUUUUAUCUCCACUUGUACACGUGUUUUAGGUUACGAGUCUACCCCUGAGGGGGUUCGUUGCGCAGAUGGUCAUUUUUGCCAUGUAGGUACUUUCCCUAUAGGUAUUGACCCGGAAGAAAUUGAAUCACGUUGCAAGGACCCUACUGUACGCGCUAAAUCAAAAGCUAUCAAAGAUAUGUAUGCUGGCAAAAAGAUUUUAGUAGGUCGAGAUAAAAUUGAUCUCGUUAAAGGCGUAUUACAGAAACUAGCUGCCUUUGAAAAACUUUUAAUUGAUUUUCCUGAAUGGAGAAAUAAGGUGGUCAUGAUUCAAUUGACAGAUGAUACUACUACCGUAUCAAAUGAGACAAAUAAAAGAGUGGAGCAUAAUAAAGUAUCAGAGAUGGUGGCUCAUAUCAAUGGUUGUUAUGGAUCACUUGAAUACAUUCCAGUCUAUCAUUAUCAUCAUCGUAUUCAUACAGACGAAUAUUACGCAUUAUUAUCUACAGCAGAUGUUGCUGUUGUGACAGCAAAUCGGGAUGGGAUGAACACAACAAGUUUAGAGUACGUAGUGUGUCAACAAGAUCAGCAUGGACCAUUGAUUUUGUCAGAAUUAACAGGUACAGCAGGAUCGUUGAGUUCGGCAUUUAUGGUAAAUCCAUGGGAUUAUGCAGGAGUAGCUAAAGCCAUGAAUGAAGCUCUUCUUAUCUCCGAUGAAGAAAAGCAAUCAAGACAUGUGCAAAUGUUGAGUCAUGUCAAGACACAUACGUCGUCCUUUUGGGCACAGUCAUUUGUCAAUGUCCUUGAAGAAUCAAUAGCUGCUUCAGAACAAUCCAGUUAUACCCCACUUUUAGAAACUAAUUUACUAUUAAAACACUACAAGUCAUCCAAAAAACGUCUUUUAUGUUUUGAUUAUGACGGUACCUUAUCUGACGUACGUACAACACCAGGAUCUCGAGCACCUACACCAGAGAUGUUAAAUGCUCUUCAACAAUUAUGUAAUGAUGCACAAAAUGAGGUUUGGGUUAUCUCUGGAAGAGAUGAAGCAACCCUGGAUAAAUGGUUAGGACAGGUAAAGGGACUUGGUCUUAGUGCUGAACAUGGAUGCUUUGUGAAAUACCCUAGUACGACAGAGUUCAAUCAUCGAUGGAUUAACCUGAUGGAACAUUUUGAUAUGAGUUGGAAAAAUGAUGUGAUUGAGAUCUUUACUUAUUAUGCUGAACGUACAACGGGGAGUUUCAUUGAGCAUAAACGAUGCUCUGUCACCUGGCAUUAUCGAUUGGCUGACCCUGAAUAUGGCGCCUUUCAAUCUAAAGAAUGUCAAAAUCAUUUAGAAAAUGCGAUACUUUCCAAGAUGCCAGUCGAAGUCCUUGUGGGUAAAAAGAAUUUAGAAGUUCGACCCAAGGCAACGAAUAAGGGUGAAAUUAUUAAGCGUUUAUUAUCUGCCAAUAAGGAGAUUGAUUUUAUUAUGUGUUGUGGUGAUGAUAAAACGGAUGAAGAUAUGUUUAAAGUUUUAAAGAAAGUAGGUAAUAAACAAGAAGACUUACCUAUCUUCUCUAUUGUCGUAGGUGUUGAAGAUAAAAAGACGAUGGCGACCUGGCGAUUACCAACCGUACAAGAUGUUCUUCAUACCUUUAAUGCAUUGUCAAUAUAA